AUGGAAAUGAAUAAUGUCAAGGAAGAGGACGACGACCUUCAUGACCCUACCAAGAACAUGCCUGUUCGUGGUGCACCGCAGCGCGCCAUCUUAAACCUUGGCGCUCUUACACUUCUGAUUCUUGCUAUGCUCAUGCUCUUUGCUGGAUACCCCAUUCUUCACCAUUUCACUCAGAAGCACGAGAACGAUGACCGUUCGGCGAUGAUUGCCGAGUACUUGAAGUUCAACAACCCCCCGAACGUGGCGAGUGGCGUGCCGAUCAACCGUGCAAACCACUCGAACCUGCCGAAUGGCUACGAUCAGGACCUCAAGAUGCUCAUUGACCCGGACACGCCUCGGGAGAACUAUACGUUGUCAAGUACCUACACCAAAGCGGUGGAUGCAGAUGGAAAUCCCAAAAAGUUCCAGCUUGUAUUUUCGGACGAGUUCAACACAGACGGCCGCUCGUUUUACCCCGGCGAGGACCCAUUCUGGGAAGCCGUUGAUCUGCACUACUGGGCCACGAAUAACUACGAGUGGUACGACCCCGCGGCUGUCUUCACAAAAGAUGGUGCACUGCAUAUUCGUCUCGAGCAGCACGAGGAACACAACCUCAACUUCCGUGGCGGUAUGCUCCAGUCGUGGAACAAGUUCUGCUUCACGGGUGGUAUUCUUAUUGCCAGUGUGCAGCUGCCCGGUUAUACCAAGGUCCCGGGUCUCUGGCCUGCGUUCUGGCUGAUGGGCAACUUGGGCCGUGCUGGCUACGGUGCGACGCUGCAGGGGACCUGGCCCUACUCGUACGACCAGUGCGAUGUGGGAACGACAAUGAACCAGACCAUCUACAACUCUACCUACCCCGACGGGUUCCCCGCUGAUACAUUGAACGGUGGUGCGACUAUGUUUAACCAGAAACAUAACACGCGUGCGCUUUCGUUCUUGCCAGGCCAAAAGUUGUCAGCGUGCACAUGCAAAGGCCAAGACCAUCCCGGACCUUGGCUGGGUGAUCGCUAUCGUGGCCGUGCGGCACCCGAGAUUGACGUGUUUGAGGCACAGCCGGACAAGAAUGCUGGCAUGAAAGUGUCGCAGUCGUGCCAGAUUGCGCCGUACAAUUGGCUCUACCAGAUUGACUAUCAUAACAACACGCCAUUGUAUGACUUUUAUGGCAACAGGGGUGGAGACAUCAAUAUCUACACGGGUGAAAUCACGCAGCAGUCGUUGAGUGGUGUCAACUUGGGCAGCCAGACGGCGGUGCAACAUAAUGCCGACUCGAGCGUCCCGAACGGCAAGUGGAACGAUCCCAACUUUGCGAUCUACUCGCUCGAGUAUGCGCCAGGUUCCCAAGGAUACGCUGCAUGGGUCAGCGCGGGCAACCCCGCGUGGGAAUUGCACUCUGAGGCUCUCCGUGCCGAUGAACGAUCCCAGGUUGGCGCACGUGAAUUUCCGGCAGAGCCCAUGUACAUUAUUUUCAAUCUCGGUAUUUCCCAAAACUUUGGCGAAUUCAGUUUUGCUGAUCUCGAAGACGGGUGGCCCUUUGAGAUGGUGGUUGACUGGGUCCGUGUCUACCAGGACCCCGACAAUAUCAACAUCGGAUGCGACACGAAGGAUUAUCCUACGAAGGACUAUAUCGAGAAGCACAUGGAAGCGUACACGAACCCCAAUCUGACGCUGUGGGGCAACACGCGCGAUGAGGGUGGUUAUGAAGGCGAUUGGCCAUUGAACAAGCUCUACUCCAAGGGCUGCCAAAGCUCGCCCAGCAAGUUCCCCGGCGACCCCGACGAGGAUGAGUUGAUUGCGCCGGUUCUUUCCCAGGCGGAGGUGACCAGAGGUAUCUACACCUACUCCGACAAGCAGCAGGUCAUCACCAAGGUUCUGCCGGUCCCUGGUGAAUCCGGCUCGGAGCGCCCAACGUCUGCCAAUCCGCGUUGA